UAUCAACAAUCAGUUGACAGGUACAAACCUUGUAAUAUAUUUUCCAGCCUGAGGGAGGUCACAUUAACUACCCUCAUGUCUCGCCGUCGACCUUUGACAGCUGGGUCAGUCCGUUCAACUUCUGUUGUCGGAGCUCUCAAGGUUCGACCUGGCAGUCGUCCAGGCUCUGCACGUGAAUGGUUUGAAGCGUAUAAUCAACGAAGAAAUGAAGAAGCAUGGAGGAUGGAGGAAUGGAAAAAUACAGUGAAUCUUUAUAAAAAGAGGGAAUGGCAAGCUCAAUUUUACAAUGUCAUAGCUCAGCCACGGCAGAAAAUUUCAGAUGAAGAGGAAUGGAGACGGAAAGAAGAAAAGGAACGUAAAUUAGCAGAUCGAAGAGCUAGACUUAGAAAAUUACUCCAAGAUGAUGAGAAAAAAUAUCAGGAAGAAAGAGAACAAAAAUAUAAAGAAUCAAGAGGAAGGACAAUCCAUCAUCAUUUUGUCUACCCUGAGGUGGAGAUGCUGAAAUAUCGCUUGGAUGACCUGAAAAAAAAGAACCAAGAAGAAAGAAGGAAAAUGACUGAGGCAUUGUCAUAUGAAGUGUGGAGGAAAAACUGUCCACAAGCAAGGCAGAUGGAAUCAGACAGGUUCAAUCAUUUUGUUCAAGAAGCCUGGGUCAACCAACGCCAGUGGAAGGAGGAUGAAAGGCAGCGGAGACUUGAAGAAGAUCAUAAGAAAGACAUUGAAGCAGCAGCUAUUAGGCAGCGACUGGAGGAAGAGGACAGAAAAGCAGAAGAGGAGAAGCUGAAGAAGCAGGCAGAAUGGAAAGUUGAGUUAGAAGCUCAAGUAGAACAAAUAAAGGAACGAGAAAGACGUGAUAACAUCCUAAGAGCCGAGGAGUUGUCACUAGAACGGGAGAAAUUAUGGCUUCAUGAAAUAAAUCAGAGACGGGAGCGAAUGAAGGACUUACGACAGCGUAAAGAAUUAGAGCUAUUUUGGGCACGUCAGUAUCAACUGAAAUUAAAAAAAAGGGCUGCAGACAUUCAACAAGAACUAUUGGAGGAUGAGGGAAUUGUAGAGGACUUGCUGAGAGGGUUCUCCGAUGAAGACUCAGAUGAACAGAUGAAAAAGAGAAGACCAGAAGCAGAAUGGAUGAAAACAGUUCUGAGGGAACAGCAUCGCUUGGAAAUAAUGCGUGAAAAGGAGUAUGAGUUGUUGUUCAGUGAAGAAGCAGAGAGGUUGUGGAAGAAGAGACAAGCUGAGUGGGAAAAAGAGCAAAGAGCACGUGAUAAACUGAUGUCUGAUGUCAUUAGGGGACUGCAGCAGCAGGUGCAAGACAAAUAUUCAAAAAAUGUUCGUGAGCGUGCAUUGCUGGAUGCCGAAAAAAAUGAAAUUCAGUACUCGAUUAUUGAAACACGAGAAAAAAUGCAGCAGCUUGAGGAACAAGAGGCCGAAAGAAGACGGAAACAGAACAUAGCUGCUGCUGAGUCCCAACCUUCAACUAGGAUAAUGCAGGAGGCAGCUAAUCUUAGAAGAAGUCAGGAAGAUGAAGAGCGAAAAUUACAGGAACAUCGUCAAGAAAUUCGGCGCUUAGAGCAGCAAAUGCAACAACUUUGGGGUCCUCAAUAUGCUCCACCGCGCUACGGUCGCAAGAAGUUUGCAUGGUGAACAUAUUAAUGCUUUACAGACUUGUGGAUAUCUCCCUGAAUCAUGUCUAUUACCUAGAAGGUUCCUUACUAUCCAGUUGAUGGGUAUAUAUGAAUGUGUUCAUUAUUAAUAAGUAUUUGAAUACAGAAAAGUAAUGUUGUAUUGAAUAAUAUGGCUUCUUUUGGUUGCCCAGCACUUUUUUAUGAUUACAUAUGCUCUUAUUAAUUCCUUUAGUAUAUGUACUAUUUUUGUUUGUGUACUGUCAGAUGUAGUCAGAUAGAUGUUCAGAAUGUUUUAUUAGUGUUUUAGAUAUAUUUCUUUCUUUCUUUCAACACACCGGCCGUAUCCCACCGAGGCGGGGUGGCCCAAAAGGAAAAACGAAAGUUUCUCCUUUUACAUUUAGUAAUAUAUACAGGAGAAGGGGUUACUAGCCCCUUGCUCCCGGCAUAUUAGUUGCCUCUUACAACACGCAUGGCUUACGGAGGAAGAAUUCUGUUCCACUUCCCCAUGGAGUUUAGAUAUAUUUAUUAUAUGUAAUUUGUAUUCUGGAUAUUACAGGAUUAUAUUAAAAAAAUUAUUUAAAUAUAAAAAUGCUGACCUCCUUGAGUUAUAUUCAAAUUUUUUUUUUUUUUCAACAAGUCGGCCAUCUCCCACCAUUGUAGAUUGUUAAACCUUGGUUCAGCAUCUUAUUAGUGGAGGCAAUACUUAAGCUAAAUAAUACAGUACAGUACUUGGUUCAUUAUAUUCAUAUGCUUUUUAUAGCUUACAUGUGAAUAAACUAUAACAUAAGCAUGAUAAUAGAAUACAACCUUUGGUUUUUGCAUAUGUACCUGUUUAAAGUUAUGUUGCAUACUGAUAUUACAGUACUGUAUAUGUACAGUGGAACCCCAAGUUUCGGCCAUAAUUCGUUCCAGAAGGCUGUUUGAGUGCCGUUACCGAACAAAUUUGUUCCCAUAAGGAAUAAUGUAAAUUAGAUUAGUCCAUUUCAGACCCCAAAAAAUACACUUACAAAAGCACUUACAAUAAUACACUUACAUAAUUGUUUGAGUUGGGAGGCGGCCGAAACUUUGGGUACCACUGUAUAUGGAUAACUGUGGGACCAAUUUUAGCAUCAUUAUGUCUUGUACUGUAUUAUAUGACCUCCAGCAAAACUGGGAAACCAGCUUUGCUGGAUUUUAGUUUUAGAGGCUGAGAAGUGCAGUGGCUGUUCUUUGAUAGUGGAGUAGGGAUGUUGCAGUUUGGUAGAUCUGCAUUUGGACAUGAUGACUGUGUUCAUCUCUUAUGUUAAUUUUAUUUCCUUCAAGCAAAUACAUCAUUAAGAAGGUUAAAGAAUUGGUUGUUCGCAUUUUCCUGUGGAAGCCCUUAAUUUAGAAAAUAAUGGGACUGCUCUCUGUCAGUAAUAUAUUUCUCUCUGGUUACAAUCACUUUGUAGCACCUGACAUUAUAACAUCUGUUUAAAGUACUUAUGUUCCAAGGGUCCCUAUACAGUGAUACCUAGGGAUACGAACUUAAUUCAUUCCAGAUGGCUGUUCGAGUGCCGAUACCGAAUGAAUUUGUUCCCAUAAGGAAUAAUGUAAAGUAGAUUAAUUCAUUUCAGACCCUCAAAAAUACACUUACUUAAAUACUUACAUAAUUAUUUGAGUUUUGAGCUGUUCGUAUCCUGAGGUACCACUGUAUUUUACAUUUUUUAUAUCCUAAUGCCUCUGUCUUCUCUUGGUUUCCUCUAUAUAAUGCUUGGAGUGUUGUCUGAUUGUGAUGUCAGCAUACUUCUGAAAGAUGGAGAUUGAAUGAAUAACACUUAAUGUGUUUUCUUCUUUGGGUCACCCUGCCUUGGUGGGAGACUGCCAUCAAGUAAAAAAAAAAAACUCUCCUAAAGAUAGCUUCUGACAUAACUUGAAUCUUACGUUUAUUUCCUCUUAUACUACAGUGCCUAAGUGUAAGUCGAAAAUAUUGCAUUUAUGUCACACAUACUGACGUGUAAAAGUCAGCAAAGAUUUCAUGGUUGAUGUUGAAUAUCCAACACUUAAUGGUGAAUAGAUUAUUCAUUUUCAUCUGAAACAUUUGUUAAAGUAUCUGGGAGGUAUUUAUAAAGAAAAAAGCUUUUAUUUGUUUUGACAAAAUGUACUGUGAUUUUUUACCUAAAACCAUUUUAUGCCUUACAUAUUUUUUUACAUAUUUGUAGCUGUGCAGCAAAUUUAUUUGAUACAAACAAUUUAAUAAUCAAUAAAAUAAAUACUC